AUGGGUAACAUCUUGGCAGGCAUCUUUGCAAUCAUUUUUGUUGUGGGAUUUGUAAUAGGAGGCUCAGUGAAUGUACUCAUACCCCUGGUGAGCUACCGGGACUGGGUCAGGAGAAGAAAGAUGGCUUCUGUGGACCAAAUCCUCAUGGCACUGGCCAUUUCCAGACUCAGUCUUCUCUGGGUAGCAAUCGUAAGUGUGCUAACACUUUUCCUGUGCCCAACUUUGGAAAUAUUGCGACAUGUGAUGAGAAUCCUUAAUACCAUCUGGGUAGUGGCCAAUCACUUCAGCCUCUGGUUUGCCACAAGCCUCAGCAUCUUCUAUUUCCUCAAGAUAGCAAACUUUUCCAACUCUCUUUUUCUCCAUCUAAAGUGGAAGGUUGAAAAAGUAGUUUCGAUGACACCGCUGGUGUCUCUGUUCUUCUUGGUUCUAAAUAUUGUAUAUGCUGACAAAAAGAUUGAUGUCUGGAUCAGUAGGUUUCUGACUUAUAAUUCCAGUCGGGAAAACUCCACGCAAAUAACCGUCAUCCUCUUGCUCAGUAAUUCUGUGUUCCUGCUUCUUCCUUUUAUGGCAUCCUUGAUGGCAUUUCUUCUGCUGGCCUUCUCUUUGUGGAAACACCUCAAGAAGAUGCAGCAUGCCACUACCGGAGCCAGAGACGCCAGCACCAUGGCCCAUGUCAAAGCCUUGAGAACCGUCAUGUCCUCUCUGCUCCUGUACGCCAUAUUCUUACUCUCUGUUGUUAUAGAAUUUUUGUGUUUUAUGUUUCUGGGGAGCGAUCUGGUCGUUUGUUUUGAUCACGGUUAUUUAGUGACUUUCCAUUCCUGGCACUCGCUUGUCUUGAUUCUUGAAAACAAGAAGCUGAGACAGGCCAUUCUAUUGGUGUUGUCAAAGCUGAAGUGCAGGGCCAAAGGUCUGGAAGUCUCAGGACCGUCCUGA